GAUCGCUUUUAGGAGUAGCCACCAUGCUGACUACAGUUGCUUUGGUCUUGGGCUUCGUUCACAUCGCCUUUGCUUUGGUUUUUCUCUAUCUGACCUGGUACCAUAGAUACUGGGACAAGCGGGGAGUGUUCACCGCCAAGCCGCUGACCCUUUUGGGCACCUAUCCGGGCAUCCUGGUGAACAAGAGCCGCAGUCUCAUACUUGACGUGCAGGAGGUCUACGAUAAAUACAAGGAUAAACAUCGAGCAGUGGGCACAUUUAUCACCCGACAGCCCCAGCUUCUUAUCCUCGAUCCCGCUCUGGCCCAUGAGAUUUUGGUGGACAAAUUCAGUAACUUCAGGGAUACUAUAACCAGCAGCUUUGUGGGUCACAACGCAGAUGAUAAGUAUGUGACAGGAUCGCCGUUUUUCAGUGCUGGCGAGGAUUGGAAGCGAAGGCGCACUGAGAAUGUCGGUGGACUCACACCCAACCGGCUAAAAUUGGCUUUCACCAUCUGGGAGCAGAGCGGUCGGAAGCUAGUGGAGUAUAUAGAGCGUGCAAGGCGGCAGAAGGGCGAUGUCAUCGAGACCAGGGAUCUUUCUUAUCGCUUCACGGCCGACGUCAUGGCUGACUUUAUAUGGGGCAUCGAUGCGGGCUCGCUCAGCGGUGACGUCGGAAAGAUUGGGACUUUCCAGAAGACCUCCACGGAUUGGACUGUCUUUGCUUUUAGCUCGAUGAUCCGUUUCAAUAAGACCAUGGUGGCCACAUUUGUGAGGAAGCUAUUCAAGAUGCGCUUCUUUCCCAAGGCAACGGAUGAGUUCUUUCGGCAAUUGACCCAGGAUGCCAUUAAACUCCGGCAGUGCGGCACUGGAGAGGGUCGCACGGACUACCUGUCCCACCUGCUGCAGCUGCAGGAGCGCGGAAAUACCAUUCAGGACUCUGUGGGUCAUGCUCUUACCGUCCAUUUGGAUGGAUAUGAGACCUCUGGCGCUGUGCUCUACCACAUGCUCUAUACGCUGAGCGAACACCCCGAAGAGCAGGAAAAGUUGCGAUCGGAAAUUUUAGAUGCCUUGGCAAACAAUGCGAAUAUCAGCUACGAGCAAAUUAAUGCCCUGCCCUAUCUGGAUCAGUGCGUUAAUGAAUCACUGCGUUUAACUACGCCAAUUGGUUUCUUUAUACGUAUCUGCACCAAGCCAAUUCAGCUUGAUUUGGGCAAGGGCAAACAUGUGGACUUGGAGCCAGGAACUACGGUAAUGGUGCCCGCUUUUCAGUACCACCAUGAUGAGAAUUACUAUCCAGAGGCCAGUGAAUUUAAACCAGAUCGUUUUGAGAAUGGAGCUGCAAGUGCCUUUAAUAAGCGCGGAUGCUUCCUGCCAUUCGGUGAUGGUCCUCGCAUUUGUUUAGGUAUGCGUGUUGGACAGUUAAGUGUUAAGACCGCCAUUCUGCAUAUCCUUUCGAAUUACCAGGUGGAGCAGACGAAAAAAGUGCCCAUGGGUGCCGACACGGGCAUGGGAAUAUUCCUCAAUGGAGAUGUCGAACUGAAAUAUACAAAAUUGCGAAAAUAAAACGCGGUGGUUUCUUUUUUUUA